GAGGGCGGCGCUUGGAGCCUGUUCCUCAAUGCUUCUGGGCAAUAAAUGAACAAGGUGAAACGGCGUGAGGUGAAUUUGGCUGCCGGGCCUUGAGGCAAAGGCCCCGUUUCUCCUGAUAGGCAACCGAUUCACCUCCUUCCGCGGGGAGAAGAAAAAAGGCGGGGAAACUUCGACGGCCCUCCUCCUCCUCCUUCCUCGAGGCCUUGGCGCCCGGCCCUGUCUGGGGACAACUCCCCCUGAAGCUGAAGCGGAGGCCGCCUUUCCCUUUCGUUUUCCUCGCAGGGCCUACUCCCUUCGCGGCCAUGGAGAACGGGGCGCCGGUCUACGCCGACACCACCGUCCCCGCCGAGCAGCCGCCGGGGAAGGGCCCCCGCUGCACCGGCUGCACCGCCGACAACUUGGGAGCGCGGCGGCUGGCGCUGAAGGCCUCGCAGCUGGUCCUGUCCUUCCUAGCCUUCUUGUGUGAAGAAAUCGUGCAACAUUGCAGCAGUUGCGGUGGCCUUUACUUCUUUGAAUUUGUCAGCUGCAGUGCCUUCCUCUUGAAUAUCCCAAUCCUGGUUACAUAUUGCACUUCUUUGUACGAGAGGACAGGGAAGGAGAAAGUAGCAACUGUGGAUUUCUUGAUUGUUUCAAUAGUGGCGGUCUUUUUCCUGCUAGCUUCGAUUGUGUUUGCUGCAACCAACGAUAACACACCCCCUGAAACCGCUGCUAUUGUAUUUGGAUUUCUCGCAACGAUAACGUUUUGUGUGGACGCUGUUCUGAUGUAUCUGAAGAGACGUAAGGCGAAAGAAGAGAGAAAGACAGAGAACCCAGCCAAUACACUGAAUCCAACAGAGAAUCAGCCACUGAAUAACUAGCAAGUCUGAGGUCUAAACUGUCCCUUAUUGUUAUUAUCAGAUGCCGAGUGAAGCUGGAAUGAUUCUGCCUUUUAAAGAAUGCCCCAGUAGUUAAAUUUCGUUUCGGUUUUCAACUCGCCGUCCUAGAGCUGCGUCUUUGCACAGUUCCCACACAUAAAUAGUUCAAGAAUUGUGGGCUUCUUUUCUCCACACACACUCCAAUAAGCACUCGGUUUUGUGCAAUUGCACACUCAUUUGUAUGUGACUGUACAUCACCAGUAGGCAAGGGAAACUUGCGAUAGGAUCGUGAAAUAAUUGGGUUUUGCUUCUUCCAGAAGAAAAUUUUCGACAGGUGAAAAAUGGUUCAAGUUCAGAAUAAAAUUAGUUUCGUACGGAAAAGGCCCCAGUAAUGAAGGGGAUGGGAAGAGAAAGGGACAGUGGGAGGUUUCUGCCCAUAUUAAUUACAGAAGGGAUACAUUUCAUGUUUUUAUAUAGGAAAAACUAGGAAAUUGAGAAAUAAAAACAAAGACAGGAAAUUAGAUAUUGUGUGGCCUAUGGAGUAUCCUCAUGUGAAAAUCAGUAGGCUCUCUCUCUCUUACACACACACACACACACACACACACACACACACACACACACACCCCAGGAUGUGGUCCCAGUUCUUUACCUAGGGGAUCAUUGUUUUCCCCUCUUAAAAUCAUGUUCAUCUCCCUGCCCAUAAACUUUGGGUUUUUACUGCUGGCAUUUUGAGAAUAAGGUUUUUAUAAUGUAGCCAGGGGCCUCCAACAUAGUGUUGCAGCAUAGAGUGUCCUCUAUUCAGGAUCACAGUUGUUUGAUUUGAUUCCCACCCCAAUAGUUAAUCAGCAUUCUGACCCCAUUGGGGAGUGGCAUUCUCUACUGAAGGUUUUUCCCCUCUAAAUAUUUUUUUUAUACAUGUGAAAAUUUUGGGAUUCCCUGGCAUGUGUGGGUGGUUUUUUUCUCUGACUGCCUAAUUCAUGUUGCUAUUGAUGUAUAUGAUUUUUCAUGAUAGUAAUAAUCAAUACUGUCCAUAUGGUCUUAUACCAUUUUGUAACAUAGCAGUACAUACAGCUUAUUUUAUUUCUGUGUGUUUGUGUGUCUUUUAAGUCCAGGUUUAAAUUAUGUACAAUGCAGUAUGUAGGCAUACGCAUUCGCUGUAUGUUCAGGACUCUGAAAGAGCUGUUACAAUUUUAAGUAGACACAAAGAAGCAGUCAACCAAGAGGAAACAACUUUAAAACUGUAACAAGCUGCCUGAAAUUUUAAAAGGAGAUUGUAUUCAUAUAAAAAGGGCUUGGUUCAUGUGUUGAGGAAGUAUAAAGAGCAACACUUGCCGCCUCCAAUCUUAUUCAUAAAACAUUUAAUAGUG